AUGACAAAAAAAGAGUCUAUUUCUCAAAUAAAUAUUGUUGUUCUUGGAGAUUCAAAGGCUGGUAAAACUGCAUUAUUAAUAACAUAUCGUGAUGGAAAAUUUCCACGGGAUUAUAUCCCGAUUAUGUUUGAUGGAGUUGAGUUAGAUAAAACAUAUAGAGAGAAAGAAUAUCAUGUAGUAAUAAAAGAUUGUUCUGGAAUGGAAGAUUAUGAAUGUCUUAGGAAGAGUUUAUAUAUGGAUGCUAAUUUCUUUGUUAUCUGUUAUUCUAUUGAUAAACCUGAUUCUCUUAAAAGAGUUGAAAGUACUUGGGUUCCAGAAAUACAACACCAAAACUCAAAUGCUCCAAUUAUUCUUGUUGGAACAAAAAAGGAUUUAAGAAAGAAAAAAAAUAGACAAGAAACAAUAGAAGAGGAAGAAGGAUAUGAUGUGGCAAGAAGAAUUAAAAAUGGAUUUUAUACAGAAAUAUCUGCUUUAAACGAAGAAGGUAUAACAGAAUUAUUUAAUGGUGUCUUUGAAAUGUUUAGAGCACAAGAGAAACCGAAAAAGAAUAAAAAAGAAAAAUGUAUUAUUUGUUAA